AUGCCUGGCCCAAUCUCCAACGGUUCGCAAUUCGACUUCAUCAUCGUCGGCGGUGGCACUGCUGGCAACACCGUCGCCGGUCGUCUGGCUGAGAACCCCGACGUCAAGGUCCUGAUCGUCGAAGCCGGUAUCGCCAACCCCCAGGCCAUCGACGAGAUCACCACCCCCUCCAUGGCCUUUGGCCUCCGCGGCAGCAGGUACGAUUGGGCCUACAAGACCACCAUGGUCAAGCGCGAAGACUACGAGCGUGUUGAGAAGCCCAACACCCGCGGCAAGGCCCUCGGUGGCAGUUCCUGCGCCAACUACUUCACCUGGAUCCCUGGAUCCAAAGCCACGUUCGACGACUGGGAGGAAUUCGGCGGAAAGGACUGGACCUGGGACAACUGCGUCGAGUACCUCCGCAAGUGUGCAACCUACCACGACGACGAGAAGCUGUACCCCGCGGAGCUGUCCAAAAUUGGGACCGGCGGUCCCCUGCAAAUCUCCCACGCCGAGCUCCUCCCCGAGCUCAAGCCCUUCCGCGACGCCCUCACCGAGGCCUGGGUCUCCAAGGGUGAGCCUCUGACCGAGGACAUUUACGAGGGUGAGAUGCACGGCCUCACCCACUGCGUCGACACAAUCUACCAAGGCCAGCGCCAGGGCAGCUUCCUCUUCGUCAAGAACAAGCCCAACAUCACCAUCCUCUCCAACCACCACUCCAAGAAGCUCCUCAUCGACCCCGUCACAAAGACCUGCACGGGCGUCCUCGCAGUCAACCCCACCACCGGCGCCGAAAUCUCCCUCAUUGCCUCCCGCGAGGUCAUCCUCUCCCAGGGCGUCUUCGAGACCCCCAAGCUCCUCAUGCUCAGCGGCGUUGGCCCCGCCGUAGAACUGGCCAAGCACAACAUUGACGUGGUCCUCGACUCCCCACACGUCGGCCAGCACCUCCUCGACCACCCCAUCGUCCCCUUCGUUCUCCAGAUCAAAGACGGCUACGGCCUCGACGCCCACCUCCUCCGCGCGGGCCCCAAAAACGACCAGGCCGUCGCAACUUUUGCCCGCGACAAGACCGGCCCCGUGGGCUCCGGCCUCCUCGAGCUCGUCGGCUUCCCGCGCAUCGACGAGCGCCUCGAGAAAUACCCCGCCUACCGCGAAGCCAAGGCCGCCAACGGCGGACUCGACCCCUUCGGUCCCGCAGGCCAGCCUCACUUCGAACUCGACUUUGUCGGCAUGUUCAGCACAGCCUUCCAGUGGCACUACCCGACCCCGCCCUCGGGUAACUUCAUGACCGUGAUCGUCGAUCUCCUCCGGCCCAUCUCGCAGGGCGAAGUCACGCUCAACAGCGCCAACCCGCUCAUCCAGCCAAACAUCAACCUGAACUUCUUUGGCGAUGACCUCGAUAUCCUGGCUAUGCGCGAGGGUGUCCGCUGGACGUACGAUGUCCUGACCAAGGGCAAGGGUUUCAAGGAUAUCGUCGUGGCCGAGUACCCCUGGACCAUGCCCCUCGAGAGCGACGAGGAGAUGAAGCGCGCUGUCCUUGAUCGCAGCCAGACUGGGUUCCACCCCUGCGGAACCGCCCGUCUCUCCAAGAGCAUCCACCAGGGCGUCGUCGACGAGAAGCUGCGCGUGCACGGCAUCCGCAACCUGCGCGUCGCCGACGCCUCGGUCAUCCCUGUCAUCCCCGACUGCCGCAUCCAGAACUCGGUCUACAUGAUUGGUGAAAAGGGCGCCGACAUCAUCAAGGCCCAGUACAAGGAUCUGUACGAGGCUAAGAAUAUCCCCUACUAUGUCUCGAGCAAGUUGUAG